AUGCAUUUCACCACUACCGUCAUCGCCGGCCUCGUCGCCGCCCCUCUCGCACUCGCCGCGCCCUCGGUCCUUCCAGGCAACAUCUUGACCGGUGAUUACCGUAGCUCUUACUUCGACGCCGAAUACACGGUCAAUGCUACACCCGAUCUAGUCAUCGCCAACACUGGCGAGGCUGUCCCCGGCCAACCUGGAGCAACUGGAGUAUUCAGAUACGGCAUCAACGUUGCCGACAACGUCAUUUGCUACAACAUCAAGCUCAGCGGUGUGACCGGCGAAUACAAGAGCCCGGCGGCUACUGCGACGCAUAUCCACGAGGGUGUUGCGGGUAAAGCGGGACCACCCAGAAUUGCAUUCCCCAACCCCACUGGCACUGACAGCUGCCGUACCUCGGUCGGCUGCUUGAAGGGACCCUUCAUCACUGGUAUCAAGAACAACGCUACCGGCUUGGACCAGGGUGAUGGUUUCAAUGUUGGCAAGAUUCUUGCGAACCCCUCCGGUUUCUUCACUGAUACACACACUGUCGAGUACUCAGCUGGUGCCGUCAGGGGACAGCUCUGCAAGUAG